AGGAUGAAAGAUAAAGAAACUCAUUGUUGCAAAUGUGGAUGUCAUGGAGCCCGGAAGUACUUUUUUGAGUAUUGCGAAAACACAAGUAUUCAUGGAGUUAAAUAUUUUGCACAAAAGAGAACAAAAUUGGAAGUAGCCUACUGGAUAGUUGUGCUUACAGUAUCCAUGUCAUUUCUUACGUAUAUGAUAUACAUUUUGGCAGUUAAGUUCCUUAGCAUGCCAGUUAUAGUUUCUUUUUCUACAAAAGAAACUCCUGUAUUUGAUGUUCCCUUUCCAACAGUAACUAUUUGCUCCAAAAAUAAAAUUUCGAGUCAAUAUUUUAAUUAUACAGAUAUUUUAUUUAAAAUAAGGAAUAAUAUUUCAAUAAGUGAAAAGGAAUAUAAUUAUAAUAACUAUGCUGUCUGGGUAUGCGAAGAAGAAUUAAGAGGAAAAAAUUUAAGGAAUCAAUACUAUUCUAAAAUACUUACAAAUGAUAUUUACAAUUUUUUAAAUGAAAGCAAAUUAAACUUUUUUCAUUAUUGCUACUGGAUGGGAUAUUCAAUUCCUUGCGAAAAAUAUUUUGUUCCCAUUUUAACAGAAGAAGGAGUUUGUUAUUCUCUGAAUUUCUUAGAUCACUCUGAAUUGUUUCAAGACGACGUAUACUCAGAUCCUAGGUUUUAUCAAGUCGGAGUUAAAAGUACAUGGAACGUUGAAGAUGGCUAUCCAGACAAAAAAUUUAAAAACCAUUAUCCUAUAAGAGCAUUGCUUACAGGCGUAGGUAAAUCUUUGUCGGUUAUUUUAUACUCAAGAAAAAGCAAUAUUGAUGAGAAAUGCGCUUCAGACGAUAGUGGAGGAUUUUUUGCUUCAAUUGACCUUCCUGGAAAACUACCCAGGAUGUCGGAUUCCCUCAUAACAAUAGGUUCAAACAUUAACGUUUUGGGAAGUAUACAGCCCGAAAUUAUAACUACAUCUGUAGCUGUAAAAAAUUAUCCACCGGAUAAAAGAGAUUGCUUCUUUCAGGAUGAAAAACCACUAAGAUUUUUUAAGAUUUAUACUCAAAGCAAUUGUUUAUUAGAAUGUUUUACUAAUAUAACAUUACAGAAUUGCGAAUGUGUACCAUUUUAUAUGCCAAGAACUAACAGUACUCCCCUAUGUGGAUUAGGAUUAUAUAAAUGCAUAGAGGUGGCUGAAUAUGAAUCGUUGGCAUCGGGAUUUGAUUUUAUGGAAACAGAAUCCGAAAGGUGUGAUUGCAGACCCCUUUGUUCAGAUAUAAACUAUAAUAUAGAAACAUCGCAAAAUGUUUGGAAAAAUAAUAAAGUUUUAAAGACAAUAGGUACACCCGUUUAUGAAGAGGAAAAAACUGAAAUUUCUGAGAGUUAUGACCCACCCGAUUUGUAUCUGGAAAAGGAUGAUAAAGUUGAAUUCUCCAGUUUAACAUUAUAUAUGAGAAGAAAUCAUUUAGAAACUAAACAAAGAAAUGAGGUUUAUGGUUUCAUAGACUUUUUAUGUGGAUUUGGAGGAUUGUUGGGACUUUUUACCGGGUUUUCGUUGUUAUCUUUAAUGGAAAUAAUUUAUUUUUUGUCUUUAAGAAUAUUUGGAAAUUAUCAACAGAACAAUUAA